UAGCCUCACUCCUUUGUGCUUACUGAGGUGUUCCAUGGGUUUGGCUCUUCAGCAUGAGAGCCCUAAAUGAGUUGGUGCUCUUGGUAGCCCAAAGUUAUGUAUAUAGAAGCAAGAACUCUGUCUAGCUUGCCUGGAAUUCAGGGAGCACUGUGUGGCAGCUGCCUUGAUCCCACCAGGGGUUCCCAAGAGCUGUGCUAAGUGAUGCACAGCUUGUAAGGGAAAUCAGGAAGGAAAUGGCAAGUUCUCUGGGUUGGCUGAGAUCCCACCUGUGUCUCUGUACCCUGUGCAGGUGCUGCAGGCACUGAUCCACGAGGACCUGCUGGGCUCAUGCUGCUAAUUAAUGCCACUGGGCUCUGGCUUUGCAAGGAGAAAUCAGCAGGCUCUAAUUAGUCCUUAUGCAAUCAGCACUGCUCAUCCUCUGAGCGUGCUGCUAAUGCUGGGUAAACCUCACAACCUCUUCUUAAUGAGGUCAGCAUCUCUCUCUCACAGCUGGGGAGAGGCAGAGACCCUUGCAGAGGUAUCUUCAAUCCAUGAGAAUGGAAUGGAACACACGACUGAGCAUCAGCAAUGCUGGCAAUUGCUGCCCAGAGAGCUGUGGGUGCCCCAUCCCUGGAGGUGCUCAGGGCCAGGUUGGAUGGGGCCCUGGGCAGCCUGAGGUGGUGAUGGGCAGGCAGCCCAUGGCAGGGAUGGUAACUGGGUGGGCUUUGAGGCUGCCAGUCUGCCUUCUUAUUGCUGUCUGUUCCAAAUAGUGAUGUUAAAAAGAAAUCCUUCCAAAAGAAGCAGCAAAUGUGCACCACUAAUCAUCCAAAACCCUGCCAAGCAAAUCUAUUGUUUCACUGCCUGUCCCCAGUCAAAACCCUGUGCUCAGCAGCCCUGGGCUCCAUUCUGCCAACUAAGCACAGCUGUGCAAAGCCCCAGCUCCCACUGCUUUGUCCCAAAAGCCCCGUGGCAGCAGCCCCACUGCCUGGCCCAUAUAUAGCGGGGCAGCCUCGCGUGCUGUGGGGUUGGGUCAGCUUCUGAUUUACAGUCCUGGAGAGCAGCCAUCAGGAAAUGUCUCAAUACUCAGGAAAAAUCACUUUCUACGAAGGGAAAUGCUUCUCAGGCAGGAAGCUGGAGGUGUGCAGCACCUGCAGCAGCUUCCAGCAGCGAGGUUUCCCCAACCGUGUCAACUCCAUCCGCGUGCAGAGCGGGGCCUGGGUCUGCUUUGACCACCCUGAGCUGCACGGGCAGCAGUUUGUGCUGGAGCACGGCGAGUACCUGCACUGGCAGCGCUGGAACGGCCGCGGCGACCGCAUGGGCUCCUGCAGACCUGUGGGCAUGCACGGGCAGCACUACCGCAUCCAGCUGUUUGAAGGGAGCUGCUUUGGAGGCCGCAGCAUGGAGCUCACUGAGGACUGCUCUUGUCUGCAGGGCCGGGGCUGGGAGCAGCCCCACGUCAAUGCCGUCAGGGUGUACGGUGAUGGCGCGUGGGUGCUUUACGAGGAGCCCAACUAUCGUGGCCGCAUGUAUGUGGUGGAGCGGGGCGAGUUCAGCAACUUCCGAGCAUGGCAGGGCUUCAGUGCAAACGUCCAGUCCGUCCGGAGGGUCAUCAACUACUUCUAGCUGAGAGCAGCCCAUCAGAGCUGGGCUGCUGGGCUGCUGGGCUGCUGGGCUGCUGGGCUGCUGGGCUGCUGGG